AAACCCUCCCAAAGAUUCCUCUCUCCCCUCCUUUCCUCUCCUCUGCUCUGCUCUCACUCACCAAAACCCUCCUUCCUCUCUCUCUCUCUCUCUCUCUCUCUCUCUCUCUCUCUCUCUCUCUCUCUCUGCUAUUUGGCUGAUGAAAUGAGCAGAGCAUAGAAGCUUUACAAAAAUGGCUUCCUUCUCUCUCAGCUCUCAUCCUCCCCCUUCCUCCAAAACCCUAAUUCCCUCCUCCACCUCCGCCCAUGGAAUCCCUAGACGUCUCUCUCUGUCCAAAUUCACCUCCCCGCGUCCCCAAAUUUCCUGUUCUGCUUCCAAGGAAUCCUCCCCCGCCGAUAACACGCCAAGCACUUUUUGUAUCAUAGAAGGGCCGGAGACGGUGCAGGACUUUGUGCAGAUGCAACUGCAGGAAAUUCAGGACAACAUAAGAAGCAGGCGCAACAAGAUUUUUCUUCUCAUGGAAGAGCUAAGGAGAUUGCGGGUGCAGCACCGGAUAAGGAUGGCGAAGGAUAUGGAUGAGGCUUGUGAGGAAGAGUCAAAUGAGAUGCCUGACAUUCCAUCCACUAUCCCUUUUCUCCCUCAUAUUACACCAAAGACGUUGAAGCAGCUCUACCUUACAAGUUUAUCAAUGAUAUCUACUGUCAUUGUAUUUGGAGGUCUCAUUGCACCAUCGCUGGAACUAAAAUUAGGUAUAGGAGGUACCUCAUAUGAAGAUUUCAUUCGCAGCAUGCAUCUGCCUUUACAAUUAAGUCAGGUUGAUCCUAUUGUGGCAUCCUUCUCCGGUGGGGCAGUGGGUGUCAUUUCAGCAUUGAUGUUGAUUGAAGCUAACAAUGUUGAGCAACAAGAGAAGAAAAGGUGCAAAUAUUGCCGUGGAGCUGGGUACUUGGCCUGUGCUAGAUGUUCUGCAAGUGGUGUGUGCUUGAACAUCAAUCCUAUAUCAGCAUCUAGUGCAACGGACCGCCCUUUGCGAGUGCCCACAACUGAGAGGUGCCCAAAUUGCUCUGGUGCUGGAAAGGUCAUGUGCCCGACGUGCCUGUGCACUGGGAUGAUGAUGGCAAGCGAGCAUGACCCACGGAUUGAUCCAUUUGACUAAAGCAAACCAGAUGAAAAACUUAGCAGUGUUAUCUCCUCGUCGAUGCAGCUUGGUAAUAACUUAGCGGUGUGUAACUUGUGCCAAAAUGUUGGCUUGACUGCAAGAUUACUUCACUUAAACUAGGAAUCAUCACAAAUUUAAGUUCUCUGUUUGAUGAAAUGUGUUGCAACUUACCUUGGAGGAUUGGGAACUUGGUUGUGAAGAAAUGCUAAUUUAGUUGAAUUUGUU